AUGUGAAAUUAAUACGAUUCUACUUCAGUCUCUGACUAAACAUCAAACUGCAACGUUGGGUGUGAAGUAAAUUCCUGAAAUUAAAAAAAAUUGAUACUUUGGUGGAAGAAAGAAGUUUUCAAGGAAAAAAACUACAAAAAAUAUUCAAAAAAAUGCCUGGAGGGAAAAAAGAUGCAAAAGUGAGCGGAAAGGCCAAGUCCCGCUCGAGUCGUGCUGGAAUUCAGUUCCCGGUGGGGCGCAUUCACCGUAUGCUCCGUAAAGGAAACUACGCCGAUCGCAUUGGAGCUGGUGCUCCGGUUUACUUGGCCUCUGUUAUGGAGUAUCUGGCUGCUGAGCUUCUCGAGUUGGCUGGCAAUGCUGCUCGCGAUAAUAAGAAGACCAGGAUCAUUCCUCGUCAUCUGCAGUUGGCUAUCCGCAACGAUGAUGAGUUGAACAAGUUGCUACAACACGUUACUCUGGCUCAGGGUGGAGUGAUUCCUAAUAUCCAGACUGUGCUUUUGCCGAAGAAGACUGACAAGAAAGAUUAUAUUAUGAAUUUGGCUCAAAGCUCACAAAAGCCAAGCCACCAAGAUCAAUAAAGAUGCAUCAGGAAUAA